UGAUAUGUUGUUUGUCUUCCGGCGUGAAAUUUGACAUAUUUUUCACUUGUUGUAAAAUUUCAUUGUUUUUAGGAUUUAAUGCUGUGAUAUGCAGAUCAAAAUAUGGAUUCAUUAUCCUUUGAUGUAGGAGCGUCUCCCCACCGGCCUGGAUGGAUGGAAUUUUGUGAUAAACAUGCAAGAACUUCAGCCGAAGAUUUUUUUGAGAGCUUCCUGGUAUUUCUUAAGGCCCAUCCCACUUCUGAAUUUAGACCUAGAGAACCCAUUGAUUAUGCUAGGAAGUUUGUAGAACUAUUCCUCCAGCAUUUUGAGCAUAGAAUAAAUAAAGGUGCCCACUCAAAAGACAAUGAAACAGCUCGUAAAGAGAUGGCAAUUGAAGGUCCUGAAAUGUGGUUGAAUAGGAAUGAGGCAGGAUCAGAAAGUUCCGCUAUUAAUGGUGUGGAUGGGCCGGCAUCACUUGCUAGAUCGAAUCAUGAUGACCGUGAUAUUUUCGAUGAUGAACAUAGUGUUCACAAUGACGCAUUAGAACACGAUAAUUCUGGUUUCACAUCGGAAACUCAAAAUUCUAGCAUGGUCUCACCAGCAUUGAAAUCAAAAGGAAGCAUUUUAAAACGUUUUUCAUUUCGGAAAAUUAAACAACGGGGGUUAUUCAAACAAAAUUCUGAAGAAAUGGAAUUAGCAUCUGGAUCUUCAGAUAAUUAUUCACGGGAAAAACAUUUAAAUGAACAGAAGCAAAGCAAACGCAAUAAGAGGCUUCAUAAAGAAUCUAAGCACAAACUGACUCCUAACUUACCGCACUCAGUUGGAGAAGUUAAAAAAGAAGGAAUUGUUUAUGUUUUAACAGGAGAAGACUCUAGAGGAAAAUCUCGUUGGGAGAAGACCCGAUUAGUUUUGUUAAAAACAGAUACAAGUUAUCUGUUGGAAUUUUAUUCUCCACCAAAGUCUGUGAAGCCAAAGUCAGGACUUUUCUGUUUCCUAAUAACUGAAGCCAGAGUGACAACAGCACUGGAAAUGCCGGAUCAUGAACAUGCAUUUGUUCUUAAGGGCCAGGGUACUACAGAAUAUGUGAUAGAGGCAACAUCUCACAGUGAAAUGAUGUCAUGGUUGAUGGAACUGAAAGUUUGUAUUUCACCUGAACCGCCAAGAGACAUUGGUGAGGCAGAUGAUCUAGGACCAUCAGCGCGGCCAAGAUUACCCUCGGCACCUAGUGGUACUAUAAACAGAGUGAAUGCUGAUUCACCUGUGAUUGGCCCAUCCCACCGAAGUUCAUCCCAAGGAAGUGUUUCAAGUAACCCACCAGAAAUACCGCCAAGGCCUGCUGGUUCAAGCCCACGUUCAUUUAACUACCCACAAGGAUAUGAUGAUCACCAUGAUAGCAUAUCUGGAGAGUACAAUAUUGAUCAGAUGCUUCGAGAGUACCCAUGGUUCCAUGGUACGCUAAGUCGUCUGGAGGCGGCCCAGCUGGUGCUUCAACAAGGGUCAACCGGUCAUGGUGUGUUCCUUGUUAGACAGAGUGAAACUAGAAAAGGAGAAUAUGUUCUUACAUUUAAUUUUCAAGCUAGGGCUAAGCAUCUGCGGAUGACGAUAAACAAUGAAGGUCAAUGCAGGGUGCAACAUUUAUGGUUUAACUCAAUAUUUGACAUGUUAGAACAUUUCCGUACGCACCCUAUACCUCUUGAGUCUGGCGGAACUUCGGAUGUGACGUUAACAGAUUAUGUAGUUUCAUUAGAUAGACAGGUAACGCCACCACGAGGAUCUCCGAUUCCGGGUAGUAACAUGGAACAGCGAUCAAAUUCAAAUCCUAAUUUGAGUGCAAGAAGUCAUGGUGGAGGGGAUACGAGGGACAUUAUAGUGAUAAGCGGCCCUGUACGCGCUACGACGGGUUCUAUUGAGGAAGUUAUGCGGGAGCAAGGACAACAGCAUCAUGGGAGUCAGCAGGGGCUGCAUGGAAGAGCAGUAGAAAAUCACUACUCUUUUGUGUGAUUAUUAAAGACUUUUAUUGUUUAUGUUAAGAGUUUGUUCAUUAUUUUUGUUGUUCAAUUUCCGGAAAUUUCAUGGUAGCUGCUUUGUGGUCACAGAAGGUUUUUUUUUACAUUUUUUUCACAGCAAAACUUUGUUGAUAACAUUGAUAUGAUAUGAUUGCGGAUUGUGUUUUCCAUUUUGUUUCCAUGUUGAAGCUGUUAUGCAGUCAUGGAUCAUGAUUUCCAUUUUUUCCAUGAUAGAAGCUGUUAUGCAGUCAUGGAUCAUGGAUCAUACUUUCUGUGUUUCAAUGAUACAAGCUGUUAUGCAGUCAUGGAUCAUGAUUUCCAUUUUUUCCAUGUUGGAAGCUGUUAUUCAGUCAUGGUUCAUGGAUUGUACUCACUGCAUUUUUUCAAUGAUCGAAACUAUAAUGCAGAUUAUUGCAGUCAUAGGUCACAUUUUUUUCCAUUUGUCAAUUAUGGAUACUAGUACAUAUAUUUAAGUUUUUGUUGCGGAAAGUUUAUAUACAGUAUAUCUUUGAAAGGUUGAUUUAUUAUGCCUGUGAUGAGCUUUUUUUGGUGUCAUGCUUUUAGGGAAUCUUCUACCAAAGUUUUUAUCUUGGUUCAUGUAAUAUGUACAAAAGUUUAUUUGAAAGAAAAUAUGUUUAUAUGGCAGAAAAGUUAAAAAUCAGUUUGAUCGGUCUUUCAAAUAUAGUACUGGCAAAGAGCCUGGAGGCAAGCAUGAAAUAACUACAAAAUUUUUAAAACAAGUUAUUAUAAUGUUUGUUGUUCCUUUGUUGCUAAAUUAUUUGAAGUUGUUUUUUUUUCAAAUAGUACAUAUCUUCGCUUUAUAAAUACAGUCAAAGUUGCUGGAGAGACCACAUCUAUUUAGAGACUGCUUUUCAGUUCUUUUUUGUGUUGUUAAAGAACAGAUUAUGAUGUAUUAAGAGUCUAGUUUUGUUAAGACACCAUGUUUUUCUCUUGCCUUAUGUGGUCUCUUAACCUUUAGCCUGCUGGUGGCAAUUGAUUUUGCUGUUUCUCAUAAAUUUGUCCCAGUACUUCAAUACUUUUGUAUUGCUUGGUAUAGUUGAACUUUGAAUGGGGGGUUGAAAGUUUUUUUGUUUUUUUCUGUCAGUAUGAAUCAUGACUGCAAAUUGAGAAAUAUUGAUUCAAAUUACAUUUGGUUUUGUAUAUUGUAAUCAAAGAAUGCAAACCUGUUUAGUAGGCUAUCAUAACCUUUUUUUUACAUUUAUUUUUAGGCAAGAUGAACCUUGACAUCAGUUGAUCUUGAUUUUGACCUUGUGACCUACUUUCACAUUUCUGUAGCUACAGCCUUCAAAUUUGGACCACAUGUAUAUUUUUGAGUGGCAAGAUGAACCUUGACAUGAGUUGACCUUGAUUUUGACCUAGUGACCUACUUUCACAUUUCUGUAGCUACAGCCUUCAAAUUUGGACCACAUGCAUAGUUUUGUGCACUGGAAAAAUCUUUGACCUUGAUUUUGACCUAGUGACCUACUUUCACAUUUUUGAAGGUACAGGCGUCAAAUUUGGACCAUAUGCAUAGUUCCAUGAUUCAAAAUGAAAUUUGACAUUGAUUUUGACCUAGUGACCUACUUCCACAUUUCUCAAGCUACAGCCUUCAAAUUUGGACCACAUGCAUAGUUUUGUGUACCGAAAAAAACUUUGACCUUCACAUUGACCUAGUGACCUACUUUCACAUUUUUAAGGUACAGGCUUCAAAUUUGGACCACAUGCAUAGUUUUGUAUUCCGAAAUAAAAUUUGACCAUGAUUUUGACCUAGUUACCAACUUUUACAUUUCUCAAGCUACAGCCUUCAAAUUUGGACCACUUGCAUAGUUUUGUGUACCGAAAUGAAAUUUGACCUUAAGAUUGACCUAGUGACCUACUUUCACAUUUUUAAGGUACAGGCUUCAAAUUUGGACCACAUGCAUAGUUUUGUAUUCCGAAAUAAAAUUUGACCUUGAUUUUGACCUAGUGACCUGCUUUUACAUUUCUCAAGCUAUAGCCUUCAAAUUUGGACCACUUGCAUAGUUUUGUGUACCAAGAUGAACUUUGACCUUUACAUUGACCUAGUGACCUACUUUCACUUUUUGAAGGUACAGGCUUCAAAUUUGGACCACAUGCAUAGUUUUGUAUUCCGAAAUAGAAUUUGAACUUGAUUUUGACCUAGUGACCUACUUUUACAUUUCUCAAGCUACAGCCUUCAAAUUUGGACCACUUGCAUAGUUUUGUGUACCGAAAUGAACUUUGACCUUAAGAUUGACCUAGUGACCUACUUUCACAUUUCUGUAGCUACAGGCUUCAAAUUUGGACCACAUGCAUAGGAUUGUGUACCGAAACAAACUUUGACCUUGACAUUGACUUAGUGACCUACUUUCACAUUUCUGAGCUACAGCUUUCGAAUUUGGACCACAUGUACAGUGUUGUGUACGGAAAUGAAAUUUGACCUUGAGGUAGUCAAUUAGUCUUGAAAUUUGGAACACUCAAAAUGGCACAUUGGUGGGCGCCAAGAUCACUCUGUGAUCUGUUGUAUAGAUAUAAGGGUACAUGUGUUUGCUUCAGUUUAAGGUUAAAAAAUCUUGCUUGGAAUUAACCCUUACCCUGCUAAAGUUCUAUAAUGAACUUGUCCAUCAUUAAAUUUCGACAGUACCAUUAACUGUUAAAGGAGAUGCUUACCAAAAAGAAACUGACUGAAUGGCAAACAGUGCAGAUGUGCAGGCUGAUCAGAAUCAACACUGGUCGGAAAGACAGAAUCAGUCUUGUCCUGCAUGAUAAGGGUUAACACUUAAAGGCAUACCCUAGAAUUCCCUGUAUAUGAGAUGGGCGAAAAUUUUCCCAAUAACAGAAUUUCUUUAAACUUUGGAUAUUGAAGGAUAACCAUCUAAGAAACAAAAAAAUGCAAUAAAAAUCAUAGGUCAUCGGAUUCGAAAAAGAGUUAUCUGCCCUUGAAAACGUCAUUUUUGGAGGAAAUGCCGUUUUCAAGGGCAGAUAACUCUUUUUUGAUAAUGGUGACCUUUGAUUUUUAUUGCAUUUUUUUGUUUCUUAGAUGAUUGUCCUUCAAUAUCCAAAGUUUAAAGAAAUUCUGUUAUUGGGAAAAUUUUCGCACCAAAUUCUAGCAUACGUCCUUAAUACAACAUUUUUGCUCAAAAUGAAAAUUGAGGUUUUAACAUAAAAUGGUCAUAACUUGUUCUUUAAAUUUAAUCUGUUUUGACAGUUCUCUGUUCAGCCCCCAAAAUGCGAAAUCUGGUGUUUAUGAAGAAAAGAUGUAGUUUGAUCUUAAAAUUACUCAAACAAAUUUUCUUGUUAUUAGUUUCUUUUGAAUAUUCUAUACCAGAACAACCGAUUUUUCUGGUACAGGGUCAGAGCUUCUGUUCUUAUGUCACUGUAUUUAUACUGGAAAAAGGUGUAGCUUAUUUAGAUCUAUUGAUGUCUUUUCACACUUUGAAAGGAGGGUAAAUAUUCAAUGUUCUUCUAAAUAAGUUGCAUAUAUCUAAGCUUUAAUUAUGUCCCCACACAUUUAUGUGGGAGGCAUAUAGCGUUGCUGCUGUCCAUACAACCAUAUGUUCCAAAUUUUGUGUGUCCCAACUUCUUACACACUAUUGGCCUGAUUUGCUUAAAACUUUCAUAGAUGAACAAGCUUUAUGUGCAGAUGACCAUAAAGGAAGGAUGUUUUUCGGUGAUUAUUUUUUCUGUAGUUAUGGCCCUUUGAUAGUUUUGCUUUAUAGAAUAUAGAGAAAAAUGUUGUGUGUCCAGCUAUUAAAUACCAUUGAAAGGAUAUAGUUGAUAAAGGACCUUCAUGUGAAGAUUACCAUAAAUAAUUGACUUUUUUCUAUGGGUAUGUUUUCUAGAAUUAUGGCCCUUUUUUGAUAAAACUUUGCUAUUUAGAGGAUGGCGCAAUAUGUGGGAGCAUUCAUGGCCUAUGGAAACAAUUCUAGUUGAGUAAUUUUUUUUAAUUAAUUGGUAAAAGAUAGUGUUGAUGAUGUUCCAUUGUUAUAAGUCAUGCAACAAUGAGUUAAUCAGGGUAUACAGAAAAGCAUACAAAAAAUGAAAUCGUGUAAGGUUUCUUAUAUUCUGAAAAAGAAAAUGAGCCGUGCCAUGAGAAAACCAACAUAGUGGGUUUGGCACCAGCAUGGAUCCAGACCAGCCUGCGCAUCCACGCAGUCUGGUCAGGAUCCAUGCUGUUCGCUAACAGUUUCUCUAAUUCCAAUAGGCUUUGAAAGCGAACAGCAUGGAUCCUGACCAGACUGCGCAGAUGCGCAGGCUGGUCUGGAUCCAUGCUGGUCGCAAACCCACUAUGUUGGUUUUCUCAUGGCACGGCUCAAAUGAUGUUUGUUCACAUAAAUAAUACAAAAGAUGUUCAUUAUUUAUUGUUAUAAUAAGUUUUUUUAUGUUUUGUGUAGAAUUUGUUGAAUAUGUAAACGUGUAAUAUGGCAAAUUACUGAGUAUGUAAAUAUGUAUAUAUCGUAUAAUGUGCAAUGAAGAUCUAUUUAAGAGGAUUUUUUUUUUUAUUUGUAUAUUUUGUACUCUUUUGAGGUAUAUGUAUAUGUGUUUAUGAUUUUUCAGUGAUACAGUUUUUGAGCCCUUUUAAAUGGGUUGGGUUGGGGCAUAGACGUUUUUCUUUAUGUGUCUGCACAUUCACCACAAAAGCCAGAAGAAUGACUCGGAGAAAUGGCUUUUGAAAAGACUGUAAUUUUUAGAGUUAUAGCCCUUUGUAAAUUUAGGGGGAAAAAGGUUUCUUUGAUGAGACUGUUAUUAUGAAGAGGGCACUUGGAUCAAGUUGCGUGUUUUCUUUAUUGGAAACAUAUUUGAGCCGUGCCAUGGGAAAACCAACAUAGUGGGUUUGCAACCAGCAUGGAUCCAGACCAGCCUGCGCAUCCGCGCAGUCUGGUCAGGAUCCAUGCUGUUUGCUAAUGGUUUCUCUAAUUGCAGUAGGCAUUAAAAGCGAACAGCAUGGAUCCUGACCAGACUGUGCGGAUGCGCAGGCUGGUCUGGAUCCAUGCUGGUCGCAAACCCACUAUGUUGGUUUUCCCAUGGCGCUGCUCAUUUCUAUAACAGCAGAAUGCUUGAAUAAUCAAAUAUGCAAGAAAGUCAGAUUGUUACUGCAGAUUUUAUGUCAUUGAGAAAAUAAUAACUGUGAAAUCAUUAAUAUUCAUGGUGUUCUUAUUUUCAUGGAUUUCGUGGUUGAUAUAAUUCACACAGUAAAAUUCCAAAUAAUAAGUAAAACUCAUAUAUAUUUUAUGUGAAGAAGUUGAAAUCCAAGAAUUCAUAUCCACAUGAGAUAACUGUUCUGUGACCAAACCACGAAAUCGAAUGAUUUUAUAGUACAUCUAUUAUAGUUAUAUAAGUUUAAAACUAUAUUGGACCUUUGAUGAAUGAGAUUGAAAUUAUAUAGUAAAACCAAUUCUUUAUUAUGUCUCCCACCACAUAGUGGUGUGGGAGACGUAUUGAUUUACUCCUGUCUGUCUGUCACAAAUAUUGUCCACACUCUUAAGUUGAACAGUUCUCAUCCAGUCUUCGCCAUACUUGAACAAAAUAUGUUUGUCCGUAAGACCUCGCCCAAGUUCAAUAACUAGCCAGAUCGGCCCAGGCACUUCAGAAUUAUGGCCCUUGAAUUACAGAAAAUCAGACUUCUUACUCUUGUUUGUACUUUUGACAUUUUUCAUCCAAUCUUCACCAUACUUGAACAAAAUGUGUUUGACCAUAAGACCUUGGCUGUGUUCGAUAACUAGCCAAGGCACUUUAGAAUUAUGGCCCUUGAAUAACAGAUAUCGGCCUUUUUACUCUUGUCCGCACUCUAAGUCAAACAUUUCUUAUCCGAUCUUCACCAUACUUUAAAAAAAUGUGUUUGGCCACAAGGCCUCGGCCAUGUUCAAUAACUAGCCUUGAAUUACAGAAAAUCUGCCUUCUACUCUUGUCAGCGCUCUAAGUCAAACAUUUCUCAUCUGAUCUUCACCAAACUUGAACAAAAUGUGUUUGACAAUAAGUCCUCGACCAGGCUUGAUAACUAGCCAUAUCUGCCCAGGCACUUCGGAAUUAUGGCCCUUGAAUUACCAAAGGUUGGCCUUUUUACUCAUGUCCAUGCUCUAAGUCAAACAUUUCUCAUCUGAUCUUCACCAAACUUGAACAAAAUGUAUUUGCCAAUAAGUCCUUGGCCGAGUUCGAUUACUAGCCAAAUCAGCCCAGGCUCUUAGGAAUUAUGGCCCUUCAAUUACCCAAAAACAUCCUAUUUACUCUUCAAAGGUAAAUUUGUAGUGAGUAAACUGUAUAUAAAGACUGACUUAAUAUUUAGAUGAUUAAGCAGUUGUCGGAGACAUGUGCUUUUCUCAAAAGCAGCUCUGGUUUUCUUGAUAAGGAGAUAUAUGGAUAAAUGCAAUUAGUUAAUUGAUUACAAUUGAUUACCUCUAUUAAUGAGUUCCAUUUUAUUAAGAAGUCCUUUAAAAGCAUAUUUUUAGGUGGUUUGAGGAAUUGGUUUAUAUGUAAUUGUUAAUGACUGAUAUAUAGACCCGAUUUGUUUGUUUUAAGUUGAGAAGAAAUUAUGAAAAUUUAUUGAGUUGAUUUCAAUUUUGAAAAACAUUGUGUCUAUUAAGAAAAUUAGAACUAUUAAGAGUGUUCAAUUUAAUAAAAAAAACUAUAGGAUACAAGAUAUUUGUUUAUUUUUUCAUGAAUAGGAAAUAAUAUCAUAUCUUGCCUCAAAGUGAGACAAUUUUUUUCACAUAGCGCAAUUGAAAAUGUCAAAAUUGUCUCACUUUGAGUUGAGAUAUAUCCUAUAUUUACAAAAAAAAAUUUUCUUUUUAUUUACGAUGACACACACACUUUGCAACAAAUUUUAAAUUUGGAUUGGUACUGUGGGCAAUCUUCCUUGACAGAUUUUUGUAUUCCUUAAUAGGUCUCAAAAUGCUUUCAGUCUCUGCAGUGUGCCUCAACAUAACUUAGUCCUGGGUUAUAACUUAUAAGUUAUAAACCAGACCAGUCUGAAAAGUCCAACAUCCGAUUGGCAGUUUUGAAAUGGACCAAUGGGAAGAUUGCAUUUUAGACUGGUCACCAAAUUCAGGUUUUGUAUUCCAGUAACCAGAUGAAUUGAUAUCUAAAGAUAAAAUAUAAUAUUAUAAUUGUGAAUGAUCUCUACAUUAAAUCUUUAUUGACAUGGAAUGAAAUUCUGAUGAACUGAUGGAAGUAAGGCUAUAAAGAAAUGAGUUUAGGCCUAAUAUGUGAUUCUAUUAUAUGCAUAUGAGUUCCUGUCUGAAAUACAGCCUAAUAGCUAAUACAAUAUCCCAUCCAAUACGAAAAAAUAUUCAAUGGUUGACGUCGAAUAUGUCAUUAGAAAUGACAUGAUGAUGACGUCUUGACGUUCCAUGCAUCAAAAAGUUCACCGUUUCAAACAAGUUUUCAGUCUUAUUUGUCUUAAAUUAUAAUAAAUGUUGGCUAAUAUAGCAUUAGAAGUAGGUAUAUGUCAAAGGGUUAUUAAAGCAGUACCUUGAUCUACAGUGGUGCAUUGGGCUGUCAUGAUUUUUUACCCGACCAGAUCGCACUGCACAAGCACCUCAUGGUAUCCAAUGUUAUAAUAAUUCAGAGUUAUUUUUCUCUCCAGAUGUGCUAUAAAUGAAAUAAAUAUUGCACUGAUUUUUUUUUUGUCACAACUGGUGAAAUUAGAUAGAAAUUAUCCUAGGGUAUGUAUUGUCACAAAAUCUAGAGACACAAUACUAGACUUAUAUCAAUAAAUUGUCACUGCUCCAGAAAGGUUUAUUCAUGCAUUUCAACAAUGGUAUUUGGCUUUAUCACUUGCAAAAAUAUCGGGGGCAAUAAGUAAUUGGAAAGUUGGUGUUUUGUAACUUUGAAAAUCGUGUGUAAUUGCUUUUUGUCAAAAGACAUUAUUUUUGGUUUUCAAGAGUUAUUCCAUUAUAUUUUGCACUUAUACAGCCAGAACCAUGAAGGGAGAUUAUCAAAAACAACUGAUUGAAUAAUACUUUCUAUGUUAAUCAAAAUAUUAAAACCUGUGCUAAAAUAUAUGAGAAAACAAUUCUGGAAAAUGGAAUUAAUCAUGAAAAACGAUAUAUGAGCCGCGCCAUGAGAAAAUCAACAUAGCGGCUUUGCGGCCAGCAUGGAUCCAGACCAGCCUGCGCAUCCGCGCAGUCUGGCCAGGAUCCAUGCUGUUCGCUUUCAAAGCCUACUGAAAUUAGAGAAAACCUUUAGUGAACAGCAUGGAUCCUGACCAGACUGCGCGGAUGCGCAGGCUGGUCUGGAUCCAUGCUGGUUGCAAAGCCACUAUGUUGGUUUUCUCAUGGCACGGCUCAUUUUAUGUUCAAAGCAACAUUUAGACAAAGGCAUUUUGACCCAGCAAGACAUAAAAAGAUACAAUGUAGCUUCAGAAUGUGCUUUUUUGAUUGGCUAUGACUAAGAAGUACAAAAUAGAUACUAGUAUAAUAACAGAUAUAAAAGAAACAGGCAUUUUAGGGCAUUUAUAUCAACAGAUGUAUAUGUAUUGUUCAAGUAAGAAUGUCCCUAUUGUUUAAGAAAACACCAUCAUCUUUUAUCAAUUUAAUUUGAUUUUUUUUAUUCCUUUUGUCUUUUAAUAUCAUGAAAUUUACUGUAGAUAAUGUAAACAUUUAGGCCUAUCUAUAUUUUCAUGUUUGUAAUGAUACAUUCUUUUACAAUUUGUGUAAAAGCUGUUAUGUGGUUUGAAAUAUAGCAAUGUUUUAUGGUAUAUGGAGAAAAUAUUUUUAAAAAUAGAAGUAGGGAGAAUUUAUACAAUUUUCCUAACAUAUAUAAAGAAAAUAGAUGUUACAGAGUUGUUAAAAGAUAUGUUAAAGACAAAACUGAUUACCUUAGAUAUAAUCUCAUUUUUUUAUCAUGUAUACAUUGUUUUCUCAUUAUUCAUAUAUUUAAUAAUUGUAAUAAUUCAAUAAAAUUUUCUUGCCAAAGGC